AUGAAGAGUCUGCUGCUGAGUCUGGUCCUUGGUCUGGUUUGUGCCCAGGAACCUCAACCUGAACAAGAUCCCUUUGAGCUUUCAGGAAAAUGGAUAACCAGCUACAUAGGCUCUAGUGACCUGGAGAAGAUUGGAGAAAAUGCACCCUUCCAGGUUUUCAUGCGUAGCAUUGAAUUUGAUGACAAAGAGAGCAAAGUAUACUUGAACUUUUUUAGCAAGGAAAAUGGAAUCUGUGAAGAAUUUUCGCUGAUCGGAACCAAACAAGAAGGCAAUACUUACGAUGUUAACUGUGAUGCAGGUAAGAUAAACUCUACCAUAAAUAAAACCAUAAU